GACUUCGGGCCCAGCGCUGUAGCCAUUGUGCUCACUCCUUGGGCAGCAGGUGAUUAAUCUGCACCAGGGUUGGUUGUAGUGUCAGAACAAAGAAGAGGAUGUAUAGGAGAGAUGGUCUGAUGUUAAGCCAGUCAUCACUUAUUAGGCGCCUACUUUUUACCAGGCAUUGCUAAGCACUGGGGAUACAAAGAAAGGCAAACAACCAAACCAGUCUUAAGGGGCUGCAAUCUACCGGGCCGGCACCGAACGCCAAGCACAGGGGUUCGCGUUUCACAAGGUGGAAGGCAGAAAAGGCCCGCGGAGGUCACGUGGGCCAACCGGCUCCUUUUGCAGAUGGGGAAACUGAGGGGCCUGGGAGGCUCGGCGGCGGCGCGGGAGGAGGAGGAGGAAGAGGAGCGGGCGCGCGCGGCGUGGCUCUCGCUGCGCAGGAAGUUCCUGUUGGGGCUCGGGCUGUAACCUUGGGCCACUUCCCCAGCCUGUCCGGAGCGGAGGGAGGGGACAACGCGCGUGCGGAAGCGCCGUGCUGCGCUCCCCCAGCCCCGGGAGCAGGCGCAGGCGGCGGCGGCGGCGGCGGCGGCGGCGCAGGAGGACGAGCGGCGGCGGCGGGGCGAGGCGAGGCCUACGCGGGCCGCACCGCCGGCAUGUCCCUGGUGGCCGAAGCCUUGGUCUCCCAGGUCGCAGCUACAGAACCUUGGCCUGAAGACGCUACACUUUAUCAGCAGCUGAAAGGGGAACAAAUUUUGCUUUCUGAUAAUGCUGCUUCUCUUGCUGUUCAGGCCUUUUUGCAAAUGUGCGAGCUCCCCAUCAAAGUGGUUUGUAGAGCAAAUGCCGAAUACAUGUCUCCAUCUGGUAAAGUACCUUUUAUUCAUGUGGGAAAUCAAGUGGUAUCAGAACUUGGUCCAAUAGUCCAAUUUGUAAAAGCCAAGGGCCAUUCUCUUAGUGAUGGGUUGGAUGAAGUCCAAAAAGCAGAAAUGAAAGCCUACAUGGAAUUAGUCAAUAAUAUGCUGUUGACAGCAGAGUUGUAUCUUCAGUGGUGUGAUGAAGCUACAGUAGGGGAGAUCACUCACUCUCGAUAUGGAUUUCCUUAUCCCUGGCCUCUGAACCACAUCUUGGCUUAUCAAAAACAAUGGGAAGUCAAACGCAAGAUGAAAGCCAUUGGAUGGGGUAACAAAACUCUGGAUCAGGUCUUAGAAGAUGUAGACCAGUGCUGUCAAGCUCUUUCUCAAAGACUAGGAACACAACCUUAUUUCUUCAAUAAGCAGCCAACUGAACUUGAUGCCCUGGUGUUUGGCCAUCUCUUCACAAUCCUUACCACUCAGUUGACCAAUGAUGAACUCUCUGAAAAGGUGAAAAAUUACAGCAACCUCCUUGCUUUCUGUAGAAGAAUUGAACAGAACUACUUUGGAGAAAAUGGGAAAGGACGCAUCCCCCUCAGGUUGGCUUAGAGAGACUUGUUGGAUUAGCUACUUCAAUGAAAAGCCUAAGUCUUAAAUUAGGUCCAGCUUCAUGAUUGUAAUAGUAUCAGAAUUUUAAAAAUGAACACAACUUUUAGAAACCACGAGCUGUAUAACAGACCCUUUAUGUGUAUUUUGUAGCCAGUGUACACAUUAAACAGUACUGAAUUGCUGUAUUGUAUUCUAGAUGAUAUUUGUUUCCUUGAACUGUAUGCACACAAAAAUAAAGCUUUUAACAAUGAUACAAGUUCCCCCCCCCCAAUUGCUGUCAGCUUUAUAAAUGUGAAUUGAAAAAGUGCUUUAAGUUCUUCUCAGGGCAAAAACAAAAGACUAGACACUGAAGGCGAUCUUGCUAGUUAGAUGACAAAAUUGGCCAUGGGAAAAAAUGGUCAUUUGAGGACUGAAUAGAUAUACACUUAGAAAAUUUGCCUAUUUACAAGGUGUUUAGGUUAUAUACUAGUUUAACACUUUAAAAAGUAAUUCUUGUCUGAAAUCAGUUGGAUGAAAAGAGAAACUUCAAGAAAGUGGGUAAAGUACAUUUGAUAAAGGGAUAACUCUACUUUGUGACACUUAGAUCAGAGGACCAUCGAUUUAGAGCUGGAAGGGACCUCAUAUUUUGUUAAGAAUUGUUCUUAAUGAUUUUUUCCUCUUAAAAUUACUAAUCACAAAAGUAGUAGUGUGAUUACAACAGGCCAUUAAGUAUAUGCAACCUAGAUAAUAAUCAUGAAAGUGGUUGAAAGUUUUUAUGUGGUCUUUUUUAUUUUUCUGUUCUAGGUUUUUGCUUUAUGUUUAAGCUUUUCUCCCCCAAAUAAACAAAACACUGUAAUGGAUAAGUCAGCAGCAGUUUUCUUUCCCCUAAUGGAAAACCUUCUUAUUGAUGGGAAAUUUUAUUAUAUAAAUAUUUUCAGAAAGCUCUGUUUUUACUGUGCACUCUAGAAACGUACAUACUGUAACUCCCUCUUUGCUUUAUUCUCAUUUCCCCCAAUCCUCCCAAAAUCAUAUGCUUUGAAAUAUUUUUUUAGUCUCUAAUGCCAUUUUGUUCAGUCUUUUUGUCUUCUUUUUAAGCUUUCUUUAUUUUUAAAAGUUUCUAAUCCUCAGUUGCUUUGGUUUAUGCUGACUUUUCUUUAAAACCUAUUUUGUCCUAAUUUUUUUUUUAACAAAUCCUUAUUCUUUAAGGAUUUUCAAAAUUUCACCAUGUUAUUAAUUUGAUAAUCUUUUAUCUUCUGUACUUUUGAUAUUCUUUCUGGAUCAUGUAGUACAUGGAACCUAGGCUUUUUCUUGAUGCUUUUUGGAUGAAAGGGCACCAGUAUUAGCACAAGAUACAUUUUUAUAGUUAUCAUUACAGUUUGCUCUCUUUUUUUCUCCUAAGAUAAAGAGCUUUUGGAGACAGUGGCUGUUUAUUCUAAGCUGAGAUUUCUGCUCUUAUUUAAGACUUACUAUCUAUGGAUCACUUUAGGUCUUGUUGCCGUCCUCUGUCACGGUGAAUCAGCAUCAAGGCAAAAUGCAUUAGAAAAUGGAAACCUUGACAUCCCAUUAUGGUGAUUCAGUUUCCUGCCUUUACCUUUUAAAUUGGAGCAUUUAAAGCCAAGUCACAGUAGCUAAAAAUUAUCACUGAAAAGUCAGCGCUGCUGGUUCCCAUUCUGCUUGCUGACCAAAAAAAACCUAGAUGUGUGUUUGGUUGGGUUUUUUUUUUUCCUCCCUGCCAAAUGUUUGAGGUUACUCUGAACACUAAAAGUAGCAUACUGCCCUAUUUUGUGAAUCUUGUAAUUUUACAUAGGGGCUCAUUAGGAUACUGAGUAGAGCACUAAGGAAAAGAAUUGUUGUAGUCAAGAGAUACUAUAGACACAAUGUUAAUGACUUUGGGUUUCUUAUAUGAAUGAAAUGGUAUUUGUAAAGACCUUAGUACAUAGUGCCUGGUACAUAGUAGAUGCUUAAAAAUUCCAACUUAAUAAUUUCCUAACUUUUUAACUUCUUUCUUUCUUAAGUUCAUUCCUCCCUCCCUCCCAUUUGUUCUAAUACAAGUUAUUUCUGUGAAGCUUUUUUCCUUUAAAAGUCUUAUCUGGUGGCCUUUUGAUUGCUUUAAACUUUUGGACGAGCAGGUUUUUUUUUUUUAAUAUCAUGGCUUUUGAGUUGAGCAGGACCUUAGGAGUCAUCGACUCAAUUCCAUCAUUUUGUAGUUGAGGAAACUGCAGCCCAGAGAGAUUAGGUGACUUGUCUAAGAUCAUCUAGUAGUAAUAAAAGCCAAAUUAUUAGUUAAUGUUUCUUUAGAUAACCUAAAUUUGGGGAAAAUAGAUGGGAAAUGUGCAAGUUCAUUUGUGACUUUUUGUUCCUGGUAAUGUUGAUUGACUGAUCAUUAAUGGAAUAUUUCUUAGCAUGGUAAGCACCUACUGUUUGUUGAAAAAUAGUUAAUAAGUGGCUGGUUACUUGAGUUCUUCAAGUUUAUUCAAUACUAGAAGACACCUUAUGAUUAGAAUAUUAGCAUUUUAAAAUAUUUCUAGUUACAUAGUAUUUUAAAAGUAACAGGUCAGUGCAUGUUCAGUUGUUUUGUGUUUUGGCUUCUCUGACUUUUCAUAUACAUAUUUGCAUAUUAUGGUUUGUAAAUUAAUAAUAUUUAGAAUUAUAUGCACGAUACAUCCAUCCUGUUUAAAUUCCUGAGUGUUUGGAUCAUUCUUUAUGUAGACUUUAUGUUAAAUUGACAUUUGAUCCUGUAUACGCUUAGUCAUUUAGUCUAGAGCCCUGUUCAUAUAAUACUUUCUUGUCCUACUAAAGGUGGUAACUAGAGCUAUAGUGUAAUUGGAUGAAAAUCUCUAUGUCUCUUAGUAUAGGGUGUCUUGCUUUUGUAUAAUUUAACUUAUUAUUUUCCUUCUGAAUGUGUUUUUUGCUGUAAUUUUUCUUUUCUUUUCUAUUCUUUUUAAAGCUUUGAUUAACUAGCUACGGUGCCAAACAGAAUCAAAAAGUCUAUUCUGGUAAUGGAUAAUCUCCCAUAGAGCUGUGCGACUUGAGUUAAUGUAAUUUGCCUAUGCCAAAUCUCUGUAUCUAUAAAAUAUGGAUAAUAUUUGUGACCGAAUUAUUUCCUAAGAUUUUUUUUUGUUUGUUUUUUAAGAAUGUAUUUGGAAGUUACCAUGACUUCCUUGGGGAGGAUUGGUAUCCUUAAAAGUCACAUCAGUAGGAACAUGAGCAAAAGUUUUUUCUGAGAGCAUAAUUAUAUUCACUACCCAGAUCUUUAUCAUGCUUACCAAAAAUGCAGAUAUCAAUAUUAAAAAUCAAAUAGCAGUGUGUGAACUUUUAAAAAAAAUCUGUAAUGAGCAAAUGAUAUUGCUGAAUACCUGCUUUUUAUUUGGGCAUUAACUGUCAUUUUUGAGAUAAAAGUAAGAAAGAAUAAAGCGCCUUUUCCAUGA